AUGGAAGUCGAAGAAAAUCUCUAUAAUAAAAUGGAAGUCGAAGAAAAUCUCUAUAAUAAAAUGGAAGUCGAAGAAAAGCAAUCCAAUCUAAAUGUUUAUAAUCUUGAAUUUUACUUAGAAAAUCAAAAAAAAUUUACACAGCAACUCACAAGCUAUGAGAAUAAGUUUAAAGAAUAUCGACAAAAUUACCACAAUUUACAAUUUUUAGAGGAAUUGCAAACUCUUACACAUACUCAGCAACAAUUCUUAUUAGAACAACAACAUUUAGAUUGGGACCCACUACUUACGAAACAAAUACAACAACUGAUACAACAACCGAUACAACAAUUGCAACAACAAUUACAACAUUUUUUAGAACGGCAGAAUGAUCUUUUGCAAAGGCAAGGAGGUUCCUUACAAAAAAUCCAGCAAGAACUCUUAAAACCACCACAUAAUGAACAAGCUACGGAAGUACAAGACCUCAUAAAAAUCUUAUCGGACCAACAAAAAUUCAUAAGCGAGCAACAACAGUUUAUACGAGUGAAUCAAGGUUCUGUAGUUGAACAAAUCAAUAAAACAAAUUGUAGUGACUGUGAAAAUGGCUAUGUAAUUAUUAGUAAAGACGUUUAUAAUGAAUAUAUUAAAAGACAUCAAGAUCCUACUUACCCAACAUGUAUUCCCCUAAAAACUAUUCUUAUUCCUAAUAACGUAAAUUAUGUGAUAGAAUCAGGAAAUAAUGGUUAUGAAUGGUCAAAUUCUAAUCAGCUUCAAGACCUUCAAUCAAAAAAUAAAGCACUUGAAAGUGAAAAUCAAAGAAUUCAAUCUAACUAUCAGAGACUUCAAUCUGACUAUCAGAGACUUCAGCCUGACUAUCAGAGACUUCAAUCCGACCAUCAGAGACUUCAAUCCGACCAUCAGAGACUUCAAUUCGACCAUCAGAGACUUCAAUCUGACUAUCAGAGACUUGAAUCUGCAUACACAAAUAAUCAAAAAACAAAUUAUCAAAAAACAAAUUCUCAAAGUGCCAUGAAUGAUUUGUUGAAAAAGUUCAAAUUAAAAGAUGACCAUAUAAAUGAUUUGAAAAAAGCUAAUGAUGAUUUAAGAAAGGAAGCCAAAAAGUAUCAGUUGGCCUUGGGUUAUGCAACAGGUUCUCACUUAGAAAGUCAAGAUUCUGAUAGCGCCGGUCAAUUAUCAAAGGAUAUUCGUACUUUACAUAACCGUCUAGAUAAAUUUUGUGGUCUAAAAAGAGGAAUUGAAAUUAAAGAAUCGGAAGUAAAGGAGCUCUUAGAGAGAUAUGGUUGCCAGCUAAUCGGUGAAAUACGAAAUAAUAAGAAUUUGAUUUCUGGUUUAUUAGAACGGCAUGUGAUUGAAACCAUCAUUAAUAAAAGUAAUGAAUAUUUUAAAGAGAAUAAUGAGGAUGACGAACAGGACAAUGAUCAAAGAUUAGAAGCUAAAAUUGUUAAUAGAACUGAGCAGCUAUUGGAGCUAGUAAAUUUAGUUCCGGAGAAUCGUACCGGGACUGAUGAAGUAUGCAAAGUUACAUCAACAAAAUUACGACAACAAAUUUACGGCGUCCUUGGGAAUCGAGGAUUUUGCAACAUUAAAGGAGAUAAGAAACAUCAAUUAAUUAUAAAAUUGCGAACAGAGAUUGUGGAGCUGAUGAAUCGUUAUCGUACAUUUAAGGAUCGAAAAAAAUUGUUGGAAAACGAAGAUAUGGUAGAAGAGAUCGUUAGACAAGUUAUUAAUAUAUUUCUGUUUAGGUUAAAAGUACAAGAACCUGUCGCCAAUUGGAAGUUUUUUGAAAACAAAACAAGAAUCAAUACCCUUAUGAUGGAAGCAUCUUUAGAUAGUAGUGAGAUUGAAAAUUUAUAUGUUGAUGUUUGUUCAUUUCCAAUUAUUGGAUCUAAUCUUUGUGAAGCCGAAGAAGAAACCAAAAAUUUACAAAUAAUAUUUCUUGCACAAAUUAUUCCCACUAACCCUAUAUUAAACGAAUAA